AGGACAUCAGUACCUAGAGGUUUUAUUUUUUAUUUUGUCUGGUGACACUUCAGUACCACACCUGUCGUGGGGAUAGCACGUGUAUGCAUGCAUGUGCACCUUGCGCAUCUAUAUAUGACCCAGGGGCGGGGCUUGGGGAUAUGCAGUUGAGAGAAGUACUGGCUUUUCAUAUUGAUUAUUGAGUGAUGAGAUAUGGGUCUUCUCUUGAGAAAAAUGGUAGUGUCCUGGAUGGUGGUCUUGGCGACAUGGCCUUGCUUGAGCACCGCAGCCAUGGCGGAUUCGGGCAUUGAUCAGCCGCCCAAAGUUCUAGUCUCCUCCGGAGGAGGAGUUCAUCAUGACCCUCAAUUCAACGAUUACCCUAAACUGACAUUCACCACCAGUGGUACUGUCUCCAAAAAUGACUACAGGCAGUUCGUGCAAUCCAUACGAGAUCGAGUGGCAAAUCCACAAGAUCGCAGACACGGAAUCCCUGUACUCUUCGACCCAAACAAUGUAUCCGACAACCAGCGCUUCCUCCUCGUGGAACUCUCCAACAAUGCAGAGGAUGUUGUCACGUUGGCCAUAGACGUGACCAAUAUGUACGUGGUUGCUUAUCGAGUACGUGGCGAGUCUUACUUCUUUCAAGAUGCUCCCCAUGUUGCGUUCUCUAAUCUUUUCACAGACACAAAUCAAUAUACUCUCACGUAUGGCGGCAACUAUGCUGACCUGUUGGGAGUUGCAGGUUUAAGUGAUCUUGACAGGCUUGAUCCUGGACUGGGAAUCCAACAAUUGGAUUCAGCCAUCGACUUGUUGUUCCAUAGGUCCGGCACGCAUGGGGACAGAGCGAAGGUGGCUCGAUCCCUUAUAAUUUGCAUUCUGAUGAUUUCAGAGGCAGUGAGGUUCCGAUAUGUGGAGAAUGAAGUAGCUCGAACCAUUUCAAGCCAUGGCUAUGGAACUGUCGUACCAAACGGUGCCGUGGUCCGCCUUGUGCGGCGUUGGGAUCGCCUCUCCAGUGCAAUUCAACACUCCGAAGAAGAUGGAUCCUUCCCACCAAUUCAAUUACAGAGAUCUAAUUAUGUACCUUUCACUGUGAGCAACGUGAUGCCUGAACUAGUCGCCACCAUUGGGAUCAUGUUGUUCAUUUGUGAAAAACCGCCAAGGGCUCAAUAUUCCCUUCUUAUAAGGCCCGUUGUGGAUGCAUAUAAUGAUGAAACUUGCACGGAUGAAGAGUUCACAGUGCGCAUUGUUGGUCGAAAUGGGUUGUGCGCGGACGUGAAGGGUGGAUUUUUCAACAAUGGUGAUCCUAUAAUUUUGUGGCCGUGUAAAUCGAAUGCAGAUGCAAAUCAACUUUGGACAGUGAAAAAAGAUGGGACUAUUCGAUCUAAAGGCAAGUGCUUGACUACUUAUGGGUAUAGCUCGGGGUCCUACGUCAUGAUCUACGAUUGUGCUAGUGCAGUAACUGAAGCUACUCAUUGGGAAAUUUGGGACAAUGGAACCAUCAUAAAUACCAAAUCUUCGCUUGUUUUGAGUGCAGAGUCAGGAAACAGUGAUUCCACACUCACUGUGCAGGUCAAUAACUAUUCCUCUCGUCAAGGUUGGCUAGCAACCAAUGAAUCAAAUCCUUUUGUGAGUACCAUUUGGGGGUUUCGAGAUCUUUGCAUGCAAGCAAAUGGAAAUGAUGUGUGGUUGGAGGAAUGUGUAGAUCAAAAGGUAGAACAACAAUGGGCCCUCUAUCCGGAUCGUUCAAUAAGGCCUAAUGAAAAUCGAGACCUUUGCCUUUCCUACUAUGAAAAUCAAUCUGAGGAUCUCACUAUCGUCAAUAUUGCAAGUUGUAGUUCUGCGUCAUCUCGUGAACGAUGGAUAUUUCAAAAUGAUGGCACUGUUUUAAACCUACACCUCGGAUUGGUGAUGGACGUGAGAAGAUCUGAUCCAAGUCUUCACCAAAUAAUUAUGUACCCAUUCCAUGGAAACCCUAACCAACAAUGGUUUCCAAUGUUUUGAUUACACCUAGUUGACAUCUAGUAGCUUAAUUAAAUAAAAACAUCAAAAUAUUGAUGUUGCCUUUAUAUCA